UGUCUCGCGGUUAGACCUUUUGAGUUUUGAUAUGAUAUAUAUAGGUCAGAAGGAAAAAAAAAAACCCUAGAGAUUUUAUCGGUAAAAAAAGGGGAAAAAAAAAGAGGGGUUUCACAAAGGCUUUCCCUAUCGUCCAUGGAUUCAGCUAUACUAGCUUUUCCAAUCUCUUUUACGUGAUUUUGGUUUGUGGUCUUUAGGGUUUAUGUAUUUCCCUCCCCUUUUUUUUUUAUAUUUCUGGGUUCGCCUUUUUUCUAUAUCUUCCCUAGAGAAUCAACCCUUUUCAUUAUUAUUAUGGUAUUAUUUAUGGGAUUUUUGUGACCCCUUAAUAUUGCUUUAUAAAUAUCUGUUACCAGAAGUUGAUUUUUGGGUUUUCGCGAUAGAUUUAAGGUGAAGACAACAGUUCAUUUGAUUUAGCGGAGAAUUUUUUAUAUUUUUUUCAAAGUUUCGUGCGGUUUUUGAUUUAGAUUCGUUAAAGUUACAGAAUUUUUGGGCUGUUCGUUUUUUCCUUGGAAAAGUCAAGUGUGACGAAGUUUUGCUGUUCUUCAUUGAGCUGAAGAACUUAACAGUUAAGUCUCGAAUCGCAAAAGAAGAAGAAAAACGAAAAAAAGAAAAGAAAAAGAAGAGUUUUAUGGAAAGAUUUGAAUUUGAAGGUGGAGGUGGGAUCAAGAGUCCCUCCAACCCUCAGGAUCUUGCUCAAUUUGGUUCAAAUCCAGCAGGGAGUGAGGUAUUUGAUGCAUCUCAGUAUGCAUUCUUUGGAAAUGAUGUGGUUGAAGAAGUUGAACUCGGGGGUUUAGAAGAUGAAGAUGAUGUGAUCCCUCCAGUUGGCCUCGGUGAUGAAGAGUAUCCACUGGAUAGAGAUGAGGCUGAUAUUUUGGGAUCCUAUGGUGAAAUCGACGAUCUUGCUAGCACAUUUUCAAAGUUGAAUAAAGUUGUCAGUGGUCCAGGAGAUGCAGGAUAUAUUCAGGAUAAAGGAUCAAGAGAAAACUCAUCUGUGGCUGAAUGGGUACAAGAGGGAGAAUUUCGUAAUUGGGAGCAGCAGCAUUCAUUUGAUUCGGAAAGCACACAGGAAAGUAAGAGAUGGUCAUCACACCCGUAUCCAUCAUCGGCUUAUUACGUGGAUCCUAAGAGUUUGUACAGAACAUCUUCAUACCCUGACCAACCGCAGCAAUAUCCGCAGCAAAAUGUCCAGCAAAAUGUUCACCAGCAGCACCAGCUGCAGCAAAAUGUACAUCAGCAGCACUACUCUAGCGAACCAAUUCUUAUACCAAAAUCAUCUUUUACUUCAUACCCCCCACCCGGUGGUGGCAGAUCUCACCAAGGCUCUCCCAGUGACCAAAUCCGGCAACCAAAUAUUCCAUAUCAUGCUGGUGGACAUCAAAUGCCGCGGUCUUCGACCAAUCUUCCCCCCUUUGCCAAUCCUCAGAUACAGAUGACUGGCUUACCUCAUGGUUCACCUGCUGGUGGUAACAUGCCUCAGUUUAGUCCUUCAGGCCUUGCCGUUAAUAGUCGGCUGCAAAACCAGUGGUUGAACCAGACAAAUAUGUAUCCUGGUGAUCAUUCUAAUCUUCCUAAUAAUGUUUUGCAACAGCAUUUACCUCCUCAAAAUGGAAUGCUACCCCCUCAGCUGAUGUCGCAACAGCACAGGUUGCAUAGUCCCUUUCAGCCACCCUUUGGCCCUGUACCUGGAAUGCAGUCCCCAUACAAUCAACAGCAUCUUUCUUCAUCCCCUCAAAUGGGCAACAACUUUGAUGUGCUUGGAUUGGCUGAUCCUAGAGAUCCUCGGAUUAAAACAAUGAUGAAAGGUAGACUAGGCAUGCGUUAUUCUCAGGGAUUUGAUGUUAAUAGUCAGAGGAGUGGCAAUGGUUGGCCCCAGUUUAGAUCUAAAUAUAUGACCGUUGAUGAAAUUGAGAACAUUCUGAGGAUGCAGCUAGCUGCUACACACAGCAAUGACCCUUACGUAGAUGAUUAUUACCAUCAAGCUUGUCUAGCAAAGAAAACUGCUGGUGCAAAAUUAAAGCACCAUUUUUGCCCCAACAGCUUGAAAGACGGAGCUCCUCGGCCUCGUGCCAGCACUGAGCAACAUGCUUUUCUCCAAGUUGAUGCACUUGGCAGGGUUUCCUUCCCGUCGAUUCGCCGGCCCCGUCCUCUACUGGAAGUUGAAUCCCCAGUUUCUGCAGGUGUAGGUGCCACCGAACAGAAAGUUUGUGAGAAGCCCUUGGAGCAGGAGCCUAUGCUUGCAGCUCGGGUGACUAUUGAGGAUGGGCUUUGCCUUCUCCUUGACGUUGAUGAUAUUGACCGUUUUCUACAGUUUAAUCAACUAGAAGAUGGUGGGGCUGAAUUGAAACAAAGACGGCAAAUGCUGCUGGAGGGUUUGGCAGAAUCUCUUCAAUUGGGAGAUCCACUUGGCAAAAAUGGUGACACAAUUGAACGAACUCCUAAAGAUGAUCUUGUCUUCCUGAGAUUGGUUCAGCUUCCUAAAGGUCGGAAACUUCUGUCUAGGUAUCUUCAGCUUCUGUCUCCUGGUGAUGAACUUAUUAGAAUUGUCUGCAUGGCUAUUUUCCGUCGUUUGAGGUUUCUGUUUGGUGGAGGACCGCAUACUGAUGCUGCAGCAUCCGAGACAAUUGACAAUCUUGCCCAAACUGUUGCUAAUACUGUGCAAGAAAUGGAGCUUAAAGCACUUGCGGCAUGCCUUGCAUCGGUGGUUUGUGCUACUGAACAUCCUCCUCUUCGUCCUAUUGGAAGUCCAGUGGGAGAUGGGGCUUCUGUGAUGUUGAAAUCGGUUCUUGACCGGGCAACUUAUCUGCUUAGAGAUUCCCACGCCUCUGGAAACUGGACCGUGUCUAAUAUUGCAUUUUGGCAGGCUUCUUUUGAUGCAUUUUUCGGGCUUCUGACAAAGUACUGCUUUAAUAAAUACGACACUAUUGUGCAAUCAUAUUCUGGGACUGACGCCGCUAGAGCCAUCAGCAAGGAGAUACCCGUUGAACUCUUACGAGCAAGUCUUCCUCAUACCAAUGAACGACAAAGGAAGCUGUUGUUGGAUUUUUCUCAGAGGUCGAUGCCUGACAAGGUUUAAGGGAAUCAGGGUGGCCCAGUAGUUUCUAAGUGUAACAUGUCAUCAAUGUUUUAGUUUUCAGAUGACUUGCAGCAUUGCAGAAGACUUGUCUGUGACGAACAUUGAAGAAUCUAUUUAUGGAAUUUGUUCCUGAUAUGCCUUCAGAUUGGGGGGUCUACUGAUGGAAAACCUGUUUAUAAUGCCUGCUGGAGUCCGGUCAUAGAAGUGAUGGAAAGCCUGUUUGCAAGGUAGCAUUGAAGAAUAUUUUUGCAUGUAUUACUUGGACACUUUUUUCUAGUUUUUCCUUUGGGAGCUUAUUUGGAUGCUCUGUUCUGCAAAAUACUGAUGGCAAUAUGGAUCUCAUUAGAAGUUAGCAGAGGUGUACAGUGUUGAGAGUUGGUUUUGUACUACUCCCCAGUUCUUCAUCUUACUUUUAAAUUCAAAAGGAGGUGGGAAAAGUAUUAUUUAUCUCCACAUUCCUCCUUAUAGGUGAUGUUAAUUUGGCAAAUUUUCCAGUUCAGUGCGGUACAGUGCUAAAUCUGUAGUUGUUACGAACAGUGGCUUUGAAUGAAUAAGCUCAGAGCAAACUAGCUUUUUGGUGAGCAAAUAUUUGAAACACUUCUCAUUUCCGCUUGUUUGUGCUUAUAUUCUUAAGCUUUGUUAUUCCUUUUUUGUGCCUGAAUCCUGUGUUUUGUUCAAAUCACAUCACCUCUUGUUUUAAAUCUUGGCAGUAUUUAUUAUCAUUUUGUUCGCC